UUGGCUAAUUCCAAUUGCUAUCAUGCAUUCAAGUCUCUGAUUUUGAUUGGAUAUUCAUAUUCCAAAGGUAGUUUGAUAAAUUAAAGAGUGUUGUAUUUGUGUUACAUCUUGUAAGUCUCAUCAAGUGUUGUGUUUGUUUUCUCUAGCUCCUUCUCUUUUUUCUCCAUCCAUCAUUUGGUUCAGGUUAUAUUAACGGAUAAACAUGGGAUACUGGAAAACAAAGGUUCUUCCACAGAUUAAGAAGGUUUUUGGAGUAGAUGUGGCAAAAAAAGCUGCUGCUGUUGAAGCAUGCAAGUCCUUUGAUGACUCUAAGGAGGAAUUAUCCAAGGAAUUUGAGGAGAAGAAAGCUGAGCUGCAGCCCAAAGUACUCGAGAUUUAUGAAGCUUCAUCAGCUGAAAUCAAGACUUUGGUAAAAGAUCCUAAAGAAGCUGGCCUUAAGAAACAUUCGGGUGAUGUUCAGAGCUUUCUUGACAAACUUAAUAAAAUUGAAUUCCCAGGUUCCAAAGUAGCCCUUGAAGCAUGUUCAAAGUUCGGACCAGCACUGGCUCCAGGUCCGGUUAUAUUCGUGUUCGAAAAGGUCUCAACAUUUGUGGUCACAGAAGAGAACCCCAGGGAGAUAGAAGCCCCAGCAGCAGCAGUAACAGAAGAAGCAACCACCACGAAAGAAACAAGCGAGGUAGAGAAGGAGAUAGCCACUGUCUCAGAGGAAAAACCUUGUGAAGUUGCAGCCACAGUUGCAGCCGAUGCCACUACAGCUGAGACAGCAGCCCCUCCCAAGGUGGAGCAGCCACAAGCUGAGGAACCACCUAAAAAAGCUUGAGCAACCAAUUGCAUGAUUCAUCAACAUUCAACAACGUGCUAUUAAGAAUGAACUCUUCCUCUCCUGCUUCUUUUUGUACAUUUGUGAAGAAUUGUAAAAGUGUAAUUUGUUAUAUACUCAUUUUGUUUUUUUAGUUUCCUGCUUCUUAUAAACCUUGUGAAAUUGCAAAGGUUCUUGUUAUGGUUUUUAUGUAACAUUUGUUUAAUUUUUUGAGGGGAUAUUAUGUUAUUGUAACUUCUUUUACUUUCUUAUGCAGAAUAUCAAAAUAUGUAAUUAAUACAGUAUUUUAUAUAUAUAUCAGUGUACAUUCAGUGAA